CCACAUGUGACCUCCCCCUGGGCGGGGCUAGAGUCAUGGUGAAAGUCUAAUAGAAUCCAGAUACAGAGAGGUCUGUCAGGAUGUCUGAAUAUCUGAGUUCAAAGAAAACAGAAGAAGUUUAUGAGAUUAUGGAGGAGAGUUUGGAUGGUCUCCCUGAUGUGCAGGAGUUGCACAAGGAAGUUAUGAGGAACUAUGUGGUGGAGUCCACCCAGGUCAGCUCCCUUUUAAAAGGUCAAUCAAUCAAAGAUGUGAUUUUAAACAAAUGCUACAUUCCCCUUACAGUCAGCGUGGAGAAGAGAUCCGCUCGGACGCACAGCAUGCGUAAGACCUCGGACUUGGAAAGAGUGAUUUCGCAAGAGUUUGGUGCAGACACCGAGGGUGGUAAGUUGCUCCUAUGUGGAGGACCAGGGAUGGGCAAGACCACCGCAGUGGAACAGCUCAUCUGGAACUGGGCCUCUGGGAUCCAUCUUCAGCGCUACACCUUUAUCAUGCGUUUGUGUUCCAAAGUGCUGCGUGGACCUGAACAGAGUUUGCAGAGCAUGCUUCUCAGCAUGCAUUCUCAUAUCUCCGCUGAACAUCUUGAGAUCAUCUUGAAGACGCCUCGCACGUUACUUUUGGUGUUCGACGAUGUCCAGAGCCUUCUGUCUAAUCCUCCUGAAUCUGAUAAACUGGUGUGUGACCCAGAUCAGCCAGCAGGGGGCACAGUGUUGGUGCACAGUUUACUAGAGGGGACUUUGCUGCCUGGUGUGACAUUAUUGCUCACGUCUAGAGAAGAUCUAGAGUCGGAUUCUGUGCGUCUUGCUCACCUGAUGGGUUUCUCCAGCUCACAAAGGAAAGCGUACUUCCAGUGCUUCUUCGAGGGCAAAAAUAAGGGAAAGCAGAUUCUCCAUCGCUGCGAACAAGCUGUGGGAGUCAACGAGAUUUGUGCAAGUCCUGGAUUGUGCUGGACAUUGUGCUGUGUGUGCAAAGGGCGACUACAACAUGAACGUUGUGUCCCAGAGACCUUGAGUGAGCUCUACUGCAUGAUCAUGCACACACUACUGCAGGAACACAAGGUGAAUGUGGAGACGGCAAAGGAGCUGGUAUAUGGUUUGGGGAAACUCUCAGAAGAGUGCACAUCUGACACCUUCACACACUCUGACAUCAUCAAAUGUGGCCUUCGACCCUUCCUGGGCUCCCAGAUCCUGUCCGCUAUCCUGCGAGUCGACGUUGAUGAUGUCACGUCCCCAGAUGCAACAUUCUCCUUCAUGUCUCCGACACUGAGAGACUUUCUAAAAGCAGUCUUUUUUUACCUUGACCAGGAUGACACAAGGAGCCUAGAAAAUCCCAUGGAAAUCCACAACUACCACUUUUUUCUCGCCGGGCUUUCAGACCCUAUGCAGCGGAAGCUUCUGGAAACCUGCAUAGGCCACUUGAGCAGCAGCCGUCUCUCAGAGUUCCACAGCUGGCUCAUGAGGACAGUCGCAGAGGUUCUCCCGGAAAUAGACAAAACAAGUCACUGGCAUGUUUUGCGUAUUCUCCACCACACGCUCAGCCCUACGUUGAUCAGAGAGAGCGUAGGGUCAUGUAAGUGGAGAUUGAUCGGAUAUGGUGACAUGCAGGAUGCAGACUGUGCUGCGAUGGCGUUUGUAGUGCGAUGCUUAGGAGAGCUGCAGGAACUGAACCUUUACAACAGCUCGCUCACCGAGAAGCAAGCGGAGAAACUCAUGACUGUCUUCCGUUUGGCCGAAAGCAUCAACUUGAGUCAGAGCAAAAUGGGUACGGGAGUGAUCAGACAUGUUGCUCGGGCGCUGAAGGACGGACGGGUCACCAAUAUCGACCUGAAAAACUGCUAUGUGGGAGACAAAGCGAUAAAGAUCCUGUGUUCCUCCAUCACACACUCCAGGCUGCACAGGCUCGAGUAUGAUUGUUACACAGGAACAUACAGUAGAAAUGUAAAUUUCUGUCAUGUAUGUGUGUUUGUGUACUGGUUGGUGUGUCUGUGUGUUUGUUUGUGUAGCUUGAGGGGCUGUGGCGUGACACGGGAGUCCAGUGAGGCAAUUGCUGAGAUGUUGUCUUGUUCUAAGCUGCGUGAUUUGAGCCUGGGAGCUAACGACCUAAAAGAUGAUGGACUCAUCCGGCUCAUCGGUGCGCUUGGGACGUCCACGUGCAUGCUGCAGACACUUAGUUUGGAUCCCUGUCAACUCACCGGAUCAUGCUUGUCUGCGUUGUCGUCGGCCCUGACAUCAUCACUGUCUGAGCUGAGGAACCUGGUCCUGAUAGAUAACAGCCUGGUGGAUGACACCCUGGAACAUCUUUCACAAGCACUACAAAGUGGCCGCUGCAAACUUGACACGCUGAGUUUAUAUUCUUGUGAGCUGACGGGCUCUUGCGGCCCGGCCCUGGCAGCCGCGCUUCGAUCAGAACACUGCUGUCUGACCGACCUGGACCUGAGUGUCAACGAGUUUGAUGAAUCAUGUGCUCUUCUUAUCUGUGAUGCCCUAAAAUCCCCCAAUUGUUCACUGGAGAAGUUAUGCAUGGCUGCGUGUGAGCUGACAGGGCCGGUGUUCAGCGCACUGGGCAGUGUGUUGGUGUGUGAAGCUUCCAGGUUAAAGGAACUUUCCAUCGGAGUAAACCGAGUAGGAGACGCUGCAGUCAAACACAUCUUGAAGGCUCUGAAACACCCUCACUGUCGACUACAGCACCUUGAUCUCGAGAUGGUGGAUUUAACGGAUGCCUGUCUCGACGAGCUGUGUGAAGCCGUCACGGCUUGUAGCUCCUUAACGAGCCUGAUUCUGAAGAACAACAGCCUGACCGACAGCUCAGUUCCCAGAUUAGUCAAACUCGUUCAAGAGCGUCCGGUUCUAGAACUGAACGUGCAGUAUAAUGACUUCAGCGAGGACGUGUUUGAGCUGAUGGACGACUACAAAACGAUACGAUAUUAACACAGCGUGUGAUUUCACAUGGCGGCAUGGUGGAGUAGUGAUUAGCUGAUGCAUUGCACCUCCAGGUUCCAGGAAUUUGCUGGUUCUCCUCAUGCUUGGUGGGUUUCCACCGGUUUUCUUUCCACAGUCCAAAGACAUACAGAUUAGGCUAAUUGGUUUUCCCAACUUGCUUGUAGUGUGUGAAUAAGUGUGUGAGUGGGUAUGUGUGUGUGCCCUGCAAUGGAUGAGCACCCUGCUCAGGUGUACCCUGCCUUGUGCCCUAAGAUAGGCUAGGAUUAAACCUAGGAUUUGGCCUAAUGGUACAUUUAAACACAUACAGUGGGACCUUGGAUUGCGAGCAUAAUUCAUUCUGGAAGCGGGCUCAUACAUCAAAACACUUGUAAAUCGAAUUUCCCCAUAAGACAUAAUGGAAACUCUUAUUAUUUGUUCCACAGCCCCAAAAAAUAAAUACAUAAAAAUAAUUAAUACAAAAUAUGAAGUAAAAAUAAGUAAAUAAGUAAAUAAGUUAAAAACUAAAUCCAGACAGAUAAGUGUUCUUCUCUCUUAUUUGAGUUUUUCGCACACACACACACACACACACACACACAUUAACGGAAAGACUAUCCGUUUUAUCUGGAAAAUUAACAAGAAAUCUCUCCAAUGACACUCGAUUGAGCGACGCAUUAACAGAAUCACUGCUGUAAAGUAAAAAUAAAACAAAUUAAUCUGCACUUUACCUUUGAAAGGAAAGCUUAUGCUGUAUACACUCAUGGAAAAGUUACAUCACUUUCCAUUUGUCCUGCUUUCACCUUGUUUUUCUGUGUUUUACAAAAUAUAAGUAUUAAAAUUAUUGUCACCCCUUUGGA